CAGGCAGAACUUUGUGCCUCCUCCCUUUCUCUACCUGUGCAAGGCUGCAAGGCAUGGGCAACCACGAGCACGAGGGGCUCUCUCCUCCUCAGGACUAAUACUGCACGGGGGCGAAGAGAAAACCCCCAACAAGCCAGAAGCACCGAUCACACCUCCGUGUGGGAGCUGAUUGCUGGGAGCAGCGUUUGCCGCGAGACCUAGGAUUUCCCCUGCCUCCAACCUGAAGCGAUUUCUCCUGGAACAAAGUCAUCCCCCGCCUCACUCCACCUUUGCUGGCCGUUGACAAGUUUUGCCAUUUGGAUUUAAUGGAGCUGGGAUUCUUGUUACUCUUUGGACUUACAGUGACCUCGAGCGCAGGGUUCUCGCUGCCCGUGCCUCGCCCCCGGCCCCUCGCGGAGAGCGGCAGCGGCCGGGGCCCGAGGUUUCCCGCGCUCCGGGAGCAGGCCGGGGUGGAGAGCCCGGGCCGAGCCGCCGCAGGGGGGCUGCCGGCCGGCGGAGGAGGGAAGGCGGAUGGCCCGGGAGCGCCGCGCCGCAGAGCCAAGCGCUGCACUUGCUACACCUACAAGGACAAGGAGUGUGUGUACUACUGCCACCUGGACAUCAUCUGGAUCAACACCCCCGAGAGGACUGUACCAUAUGGGCUGUCUAACUACCGAGGCAGUUUCAGAGGCAAAAGGUCUACAGGACAGCUUUGCAAGAGCACAGAGUCUUUAGAUUGGUCUUUAUCACGGUGCUCUUGUUUGGACAUACGUGACAAACAGUGCAUGUUGUUUUGCACAAGAACCCAGGACAGCAGAUGUAAUCAGGGGCCACUGAAAAAAACAGCAGAGAAAGAGCCAUGCAGAGAAAAUGAACAUGCCCUUAUUCAUUAGCACAGAGGGUCCAGGCAGUUUCUGAACUGAGAGGUUUAGUGUUUGUUUGCUGAAGCUCAGAAGCAAGAAUCUAAGCUACAGAUCUCCCAUGAGAUGGACAUAUUGGAAUGCUUCAGGCUGGCUGCCAAUAGAUAAUCGAGCAGUAUGCAAUGCCUUUAUUGCAUUGAUGUCAGUUUGAGGGCACAUGAACCUGUGUGAAGAACUUUGCAUCCUUUUAUACUUCUCUGACGAGAGUGUCAUAAACCAUGCAGUACAGGAUGAGUAUUUGCAUGUACCCUGGAGAUGCGGGGGAGGGAAAAAGGAGUAUUUAAACUUAAGCAACACAAACAGAUUCAAGAAUGACUUUUUACCUGGUUUUAAAAAUAAUACAGUAGAAACAUACUGUUCCACUUAGUGCUUGCUGCCUGCGUGAAGUAACCAGUUCCAGCUGUAUGCAGGCAAUUAUGAUUGGAGAAUCUGGUAAAUUAGAGAAUUGUCUGUAUAAGAAUUUGCAUUAUGGAUAAACAGAAACUAAAUUCGUCUCUUGCUAAUAGAUGCAAGCCUAUUAGCCAAUCAUCAUAUUGUAACAUUGUUGGCAGAUAUUUAAAAGUCAGUAUCAAUGCAGAAUAAAUAUGAAUGGUUAAUAUUUAUUUCAUUAUAAAAUAUAGCAAGUUAGCAAUAUACAGUAAGUAUUCAAUAGGUUACUUAAUUAAGGCACAAAUUAUUUCUGUGCUGGAAAUAAACACAUCUACAAUGAAUAUCUAGGGAUAUACACUGUAGUUGAUUAAUGGAAUUCCAAUUAUCCACCAACAAGAAUCUGCUGAGGAUGAAACUAAGACUGACAGAUACAAAAGCAUUAUCUAAACUUUAUACAUUCAAAAUAAUUUACAUCUCUCUCUCCUAAUCCCAUAUGUGCUGUGCCAUACAUACCCAGUGCAUACAUUCCUGUUUGCUGAUGGUUUUAACCCUUGAUUCAAACCACUUUACUGAGCAGUUGAAGGAUUGGGGAAAUGUCAAGAAAAUGGGAACAAGGACAAUGUUGGUCCCUGGAAAUUUAUCAUCAAAAGUGAUUUCCUCAGCAAGUAUGGACUGGACUGUUUUUUUCGGGGAAACAAAAGAACAAGCAAGAGGAUGAAUAACGCUUCCAAAUGUUGCUCUUCGAUAUGAUUUAAAAUGUAAACAGAGGAAUUUCCUAACUUGUGGCAUUACUGAUUCCUUUGUUAGACCUUCAUACAAAUCUUCCUAGGUGAAACUAUGAGCAAAUGACAUUUAUCACUUUUAUCAGAAGAUAGUUGCAGACCAAAACAAAAACUGUAAAUUGAAUAUAACUGAACUUUGAGUUCACAAUACAAAUGGAUAUAUAGGUUAAACAGUGGCAAUAGACAUUGAAACAAGAAAGGGUAAGGUCUCUGCCAAAAAAUUAUAUAUAUAUUAUAUAUAUGGAUAUAUUUCAUAAAUAAAUUAUUAGAGUUAUAAAGUGAAUAUAUCUUUCAAUUAUCACAUUUGUAUCACUGUUUUUUACUUGCUGGCAUGAUUUUGUAUGUUUAUAGAAAUGUAGAUUAUUUAUUGUUAAAACACUUCACCUAUGGCUUUUUGGUGUGGCUUUUUAAAAAUAAUAUAACAAAGGGAAUGUGUGUGUGUGUGCAUAUGUAUAUAUAUUUUAAAUAACCAACCUUUUGUUAUGAAAGCAAUAAUGUUCAUUUAUAACCAUUUUUCGGAAUACAUAUGCACAAUUAGGAAUGUGAGAAUUUCCCAUCUUCAAGUUCUCCUAAUAAGCUGCAAAUUAAGUAAAAUCAAAAUCACAAUAAAAAGACCUCUUUGAUAUAACCAUGAAUUAAAAAGAUUUAAUUUAAUCUUCUGUCUUUUCCGUGGCUGAAUGGAUAUCUUGGUAUAACCCAUAUCUGGUCUCACUGGAGUUGUUGGACAAAUGCAGAAGCACUCAAUCCAGGCUAGUUAUGAACUCUGUACUCUGCCUCAGCCGGAAGAUCCACAGACUUCAGAAUUAGGCAAUAAAGAGACCCAAGGUGGCUAGCACCCUACUGACUCAAUGCUGCUCCACUGGUACUGUUAGCAGGCUCUCUCUGGUACAAUGUGGUCAAUAUAUUUGGAUUCCUACUAUUGUUGCUCCUAGGUGGGAGCUGGUGCAAUUUAAUUUGGUAUCCCUACAUGGAGUCUCACCCCUAAGUCCUGCUUGUCUUCUCGACAGUGUUUUUUUCCAAAGAUGGAGUGCCAAAUUCACUGAGUUCUACGCCAUCUUGUAAUGACGUAAACUUACACUUGCCUGUCCGAGUUUUGGCACUACACUGGAUUUGACCCUGGAGUGUUGGGGGGACUGCUGUGCUUUGGCAUCCGGAGAAAAUUUACUGGAUUUUACAUCUGAAUGCUCCCCUAAAAUAGUUUGCUUUUGGGGUGCCCACCAACAUGAGAAUAUCAUUCUACCCAAUGUAAUGUUGUAAUCAUUGUGAAAAUAUCAUCAGGGCCUCAAAGUGAAGAAAACAAACAUAGUAAGUGAAAGUUAUACCGAACCCAGGAGAGGCAAAAAAGCAGAGUCCUGCAUGGACCUCUUCUGCUGAAUCUUAGCUAAUGCAGCCCAUGCCCAAACACUAGGCUCACGCAGGCCCUAGAAUUAUCUGAGUUGGAACUAGAGUUAUUCUACUUGAGAAAAGAUUAAUGGGCUUGACAUUCAGUAAAUAAUAACCUCAUGCAUUUAUAGCAAGUUUCACCCUGAAAGAUCCUAAGGCAGUUAGGAAAAAGUUUUCAGAACUGCUUGGCAGCUCUACCUGUUCUAGUUGGGAGCUGCUGGAUGGGGAGUCCUUUUGAAGUUGUGCUUACUUCAUCUGGGAGCUGAGUUCUUUUGAAAAUCUGGCCUUGAGGAAAUGACAUGUGAAAUGAAAAUUGCAUAUCGUGGAAAAGCUGACAUGUGUCACUAUGUAAGCUAAACUAAGCCUCAUAAAAUCUGAUGGCUAAGGGCAUAAAAUGAUCAUUUUGCAGAAUUCAACAUCACCUCCCUUACUAAAUGCUUUUUGUAACACAUGGAAAUUUAUCAGAUACAUGGUUCAUGGAUGUGAUAAAAUCUUAUUGAAUUAUUGUGUGUAUGGACAGAUAGAAUUACUUUUCUGUUGGCUAAAAUUAUGAUGAGCUGAAGUGCUCUUCAUUUGCUUUAGAACAAUGUGCUGAGUUGGAACUUUGAUUUCCUGAAACUAUUUAUUAAAUGCAGAAGAAUUGACUUAAUUUUCUCCCCAAUGAUAUAAUACACCCACUUAACUGACAUGAUUGACAGUAAACAGACUGAGUGAAGUGCUUUCCAAAGAUGCUAAACAAAGGCAUAUUUCUUGUUAUGUCUGGCUGUGUUAAUUAAGGACCAGACCCCAGACUUCUUAUGCAGGCAUGCAUGGCAAGACUUCAGUGGGAUUUCCACCUUCCUAUAGCAUACACACUAGCCCCUCUGAGGAUUCUGCUGUAUUUGAAAAAAGCUGCUUUAAACAAUGAGGCUAAAGAAAAUGCUGUUAAUAAGAACAAUGGCCACUUUAACAACACAGAGCCACAUCCCUAAACAUUCCAGAGUCUUAGAAAUGAAUUAGCGUCUCAUCACAGUUCAUUUCUCUCAUUGGAGAGGAACGCUGGGGGUAGCUCUACACCAGGGGUCGGCAACCUUUCAGAAGUGGUGUGCUGAGUA